AUUUUUGACGUCUCAACUGUAAAUCGUCGUGAACGGGAAUAUUUAUUAGAAUUUUAAUGAGUGACACAACAUUUCCCCUAGAUCUCUAUAACGAAAAGUUUCAUUAACUAGUUCUUAAGAUAAGUAACCAAUAAAUUUAAGCAAUCAAUUCAUUCCAUGCUAGAAGACAAUUUUGAGGAUUUCUAAAUGGCAUAUCCAAAUCUUGGACAUAUGCAGGGUGCAAUGUACGGCUCCACCACGAGCUCUCAAAUAGCUCCAGAGGUCCAGCAAUGGUUCAAGGCAGUUGACAGAGAUGGAAGUGGGAAAAUAUCAGCACUCGAAUUAAGAUCAGCUUUGGCUAACGGUCAAGGAGGAAGUUUUUCAGAUACAGCUUGUAAAUUGAUGAUUGGGAUGUUCGAUAAAGAAAAAACUGGACUGAUCAAUCUCGAAGAGUUCCAGGCUCUUUAUAAUUACAUCAACGCUUGGUUAGGAGUUUUCAAAGGAUUUGAUCAUGAUGCAUCAGGAAGUAUUCAGGAAACAGAACUCUCAGCUGCGUUCACGCAAAUGGGCUACAGAUUUGGCCCUGACUUUAUUAAAUAUUUGAUUCAGAAGAGUGAUUUCAAUCACACAGAAAGCAUCACUGUAGAUCAAUUUAUUGUCUUAUGCGUACAGAUUCAGAAAUUCACAGAGGCAUUCAGAGUACGAGAUACGCAACAAACGGGUGAAAUAACAAUUGGUUUUGAAGAUUUUCUGUCAGUUGCAUUGAGCUGCAGUAUUUAACUCUUGCCUUAAAAUGUUAUUUAUAAUGAAGUAAUAGAAAGGUUGUUGACCGAUCGCUUAUUUGUAAAAAUUUAUAGUUUUAUUUUACACGCAAAAGAUUUUCAGUAUUGAUCAACAAAUAAGUACUUUGACUUAGCUCCUAAUGAUCAAUAUACACAUACAAUAAAUUUUUUAUCACAAGUAAAACAAAUUAAUAUUUCACUGUUAACAAGCUUAAUGAUGUACCAAUUUGCUGAAAUGUGGUUCUUAAAGAAUAACGAAAUAAACAGUAAAUGAGAGGGGCGAAA